UCCAUUUAUGCUCUCUCUCCUCACAUAUGUUCUUCUCUCUCCUCAGGUUUCCAUUUUUGGCAAUCAAAAAGAUUACAUACGAUAACAUAGCCAUCACCGAAUCCAAGCAUCACAUGCCUAUCUAUAUCUAUAUGUCUCUGCGUGUAUAUAUGAGACAUGGUUAUAGGAGAGAGAGACCAAGAGAAGAGCUAGAUGGAUUUCUCAUGUUUCCAAGAAUACCCUUUUGAUCUCCAUCGCAGAGGAGCAUUUAAUGGGUUUGGAGAAAACCAUGCAGUGUCUGCAACCGUAGAAGAUCUAUCUAAUAAAAAAGGGAUGCAGAAGGAGAGAGAUGAUGUGAAGAAGAAGAAGAAGAAGAAGAAACAGAGAGGUUCUAGGGUUUGUAGUAGAGGACACUGGAGAUUUUCUGAAGAUUCUCAGCUCAUGGAACUUGUUGCGGUUUAUGGUCCUCAAAACUGGAACCAUAUUGCAGAGAAGAUGCAAGGAAGGACAGGCAAGAGUUGCAGAUUGAGAUGGUUUAACCAGCUAGACCCGAGGAUCAACAAGAGAGCUUUCAGUAUUGAGGAAGAAGAGAGGCUACUUGCAGCUCACAGGGCAUUUGGUAACAAAUGGGCUAUGAUUGCUAAGCUUUUCAACGGAAGAACAGACAAUGCCUUGAAGAAUCACUGGCAUGUUCUCAUGGCAAGAAAGUUGAGGCACCAAUCAACUUCUUACAUCAGGAGAUUCAAUGGGUCUGCGCAUAAACCUACCGCAGAUCAUGACAAAAGCUUCAAUCUCUCUCCUGAUACUGUAGAUGAUGAAGAUAUGAAUUUGGAAAAUUACAGCUGGAAAAUGCUAAAGGAGGGAACAACUAACCUGAAAGCUCAGUAUCUCCAAGAAGAGUAUUGUUCUUCGCGCAUGCCAAUGCAGGGCCCGCAUCAUCACUACUCAACCUUCCCUGCAGAUUCCUUGGCACUGACACUGCAUGUCUCCAUCCAGGAACCAUCAUCAUCAUCAUCAUCGUCGUCAUUAUCACUGCCAUCAUCAUCUGCAGAACAUACAAUGGUGACCGGAUAUUUUGAGAGCAUCAAGCCUCCAGCAUUUAUAGAUUUUCUUGGGGUAGGCCACCAAAGCCCCAACAUUUAAGGAUAAAUAAAUAAAAAAAGAAGAGUGGGAGCUAAUCGACAACUUGAUUACUCCUGUCAUUAUUAUUCAA